AAUAAUAAUAAUAAACAAAUGAAUAAUAAAUAAAUAUGUGCCUUAUAGAAACUGAUAUUUAAAAGCACAAGCUUAAGUAUUUAAAUUUAAAAAUUGUUUUAUUUAUUAUAUUAAAAAUAAAAUUGUUAUUUAAAUAAUUGCUGUACAAUUUAUUUAUCCUUUAAUCGAUGGAAAUUUACGAGCGGUGGAGAAAAAAAAAUAUUGAACGUCAUGUUUGUGAAUUGAAGGGGCAAACAUCGUGGAGCCAAUUGAAGCGGUUGCCGCCUAACGCUAAAUUAAUUGCGCGACUUAAACGUAAGCUGCAGAAAUUAAUAAUCGUGUCGGACAGACAUCCGUACACGAAAUAUCAUCUGCGAAGUCGGGCGGCGGUCGCUUUUGAAAAAAAGCGGCACAAUAAUUCGAGCUACUGGUGGAUUUUGCAUCCGUACAGUCGACUUGGAUUUUUUUGGGACAAGGUAAUGACUAUCGUCCUGAUGUAUUUUUUCAUCACUGUCCCAUACAUAAAAGCGUUUUUUCGUGUCUGUGAUAGGCCAUUAUAUAAUCAAGUCUAUUAUAUUUAUCCUGUAUAUACAAUAUGUACAUUUGAUAUCAUAGUUAGAUUUUUUACGGGAUACGUUUCUAACGAAGACAAUGGAGUUGUUAUUGAUCCGGGUUUGAUUGCCAGACAUUAUGCCCAGAGUUUUUUUCUGAUAGACGUAAUUUCUUCUAUACCGUAUACGUGGUUUUUUGAAGAUGAUUUGAUAACAUUGAAGAGAAACUAUCAGCGUAAUUUUCUGGCUUUUAUUGGAGAGCUUCUUCCUUUAUUGAAACUAUGCAGGCUUACUACCUUACGUUAUUACGUCAAACAAAUAAAUGCUGCGUGUGGAUUUUCAAAUGUAUCAGAUAUAAGCAUAUGGCUAUCGAUACUAACAAUUUUAAUAUUUCACUGGAGCGCUUGUUUGACUUGGGCAUUUCCCUUUAUUGUUAUUCACGCAACACCUUUACAAACAAUCAAAAGCUCAAAUGUAUACGCAAUUCAAAGUGGAUUAUAUCAGAAUGACAGUACAUGGAUAAUUUACAUAAUUAGCUUACAUAUGGGUAUAAGUAAUUUAAUAGGAUCAAGUUUUAUUGAGCUACAAAAAAUAUCACCUGCUGAUAAAUUGAUCCGUUGUAUUUUAUUGUUAUUUGGCUCGGGGUACACUGUCUAUUUAAUUGUGGUUGUAUUACAAUUAAUUGAAUCAUCAUCAGAACCAAAAUUAAAGUAUCAAGAUAUUAAACGUCAAGUCAAAGAGUAUAUAUAUAAAAAUAAUAUACCGCAAGAACUGGGUAAUAAAUUUUAUUUGUACAAUCAAUAUCGUUUCCAAGGAUAUUAUUUCAAGGAAAAUACUAUUAUUUCUUCAUUGCCAAAUCAUUUGAAACAAGAAAUAUAUAUACGUUCAAAUAACGGAUUACUUGAAUCUGCAAAAAUAUUUAAUAAUUUAUCUAAAAGCUUAAUUUCAAAUAUUAUGAUUGUUAUGAAGCCGAUAAUUUAUUUAAAAGAUGAGGUUAUCUAUAAAUAUAACACAGAAGGGGACUGUAUGUAUUUAAUAGCCAGUGGAACUGUUGCGAUUAUCAAUUCGAUGGGCAAAGAACUUCAUUACCAUUUGGAGGACGGUGAUCAUUUUGGAGAAAGAUGUUUGAUAAAUCCCCAGAAUAGUCGUCGGGAAGUUUCGGCGGUUGCCGUUGAAACCUGUGAGCUUCUGCGUCUACAUCGUCGGCAUUUCAAUCGUUUGAUUCUACCCACCUCUGAGUUGUACAAGAAAUUAUCUGAAAUAGCUGAUGACAGGACAGUAGAAAUUGAACGUCUGAACAAAUUGUCCACAGAAGAAAUUAGAAUGCGGAAGAGACGUAGUUCAGAACUUCGUAGAUUUCUUAUGAGAACAGAUGAUUUGAUGAUUGAUUCUUCUUAAUUAUUUAUUCAAAAUUUUCAUAUGUGAAAAUUUAUCACGUUUUGAUACAGAAAUUAAAAAAAUUUUCUAUAUUUUGCAUCCAUAUAGAUUAUAUACCUGAUCAUAUAUGAUCACAUAUGAUCAUACUAGACUCUACAACUGAUCACGUAUGAUUGUACUCGAUAUCUGGUCAGAUAUGAUCACAUGUGAUUAUUAGGGUGGUCGUUAAAAAUUGAAUUUUCUCAGGCGCCCCAUAAAAAGCUUCUUUUUAGUAAAAAAAUACGCGGGGAAUUUGGUUUUUUCUAUUUAGGUGAAAAGAACACGUGCCGCAGGACGAUCAAAGUUCAUUUUUCGAUACAAUCGAGGUUUUUUUUUAAAUAUCUCAUGAAAUAUGCAGAUUAAAGGAAAAAAUCAUAGGAACAAUUUUGUAGAAAAUUAAAUUCUUGACAAAAAAGGUCAUGUUCAUUUUUUUUAUAAAAUGUGUAUUUAUGAAGAUAUUUUAAAAAAACUUUUUUUUAGAUCUGAUGAAUUGAGCGUUUUGAGGAUUACAAAUUUUGAAAAUAACAUUUUUCUAAGUAUAUAGAACCUACAACAAGCAUUAAUAAUUGAUAUGUUACGAGCUACGAAGUUGUCUAUAUUUAACAAAAAAUGUUAUUUUAAACAUUCGUAAUCCUUAAAAUGCUCAAUUGGUAAGAUCUAAAAAAGUGUUUUUAAAAUAUCUUUCUAAAUACACAUUUUAUAAAAAAAAUGAACAUGACCUUUUUUGUCAAGAAUUUAAUUUCCUACAAAAUUGUUCCUAUGAUUUUUCCCUUUAAUCUGCAU